AUCAAUUCCUUCUAUAUCUCAUCUCCGGUGAUCUCUCCUGCGCCAUUCCGGUUCGUGCAUCACCCAUCUAUUCAAUUUUAAUUUCACUUUUCUAUUUUUUUAAUAAGAAAAUGGUGAUGAAUGUAGGUUGGCGGGCUAGAGAUUGGAGCCAAAUGAGUCAGGUAUUCGACGGUUAUGAGCGCCAGUACUGCGACCUCUCCGCCAAUUUGACGCUAAAAUGCACCUCCGCCAGCGUUCUUGAUGGAGAGAAGAAGAAGCAAAAACUUUCUGAAAUAAAAGCAGGAUUGGAUGAUGCUGAUGCUUUGAUUCGGAAAAUGGACCUUGAAGCAAGGAGUUUACAGCCAAGCUUAAAGGCAACAUUUCUUGCUAAAUUAAGAGAAUAUAAAAAUGAUCUAAACAACUUGAAGACUGAAGUUAAACGAAUUACUUCAGCUAAUGCAAAUCAGGCUGCCCAAGAUGAGCGGUUGCAGUCAGGAAUGGCAGAUGCGAUGAUGGUCUCUGCUGAUCAAAGAGGAAGAUUAUUGAUGUCAACAGAGAGAUUAAACCAGUCUACUGACAGAAUUAAGGAAAGCAGAAAAGCAAUGCUGGAAACAGAAGAACUGGGUGUUUCAAUCCUACAGGACUUGCAUCAACAACGCCAAUCUCUCCUUCAUGCGCAUAACACUCUCCAUGGAGUAGAUGACAACAUUAGCAGGAGCAAAAAGAUCCUGACAACCAUGUCAAGAAGGAUGAGCAGGAACAAAUGGAUAAUUGGAUCCAUAAUUGCAGCCCUAGUUCUUGCCAUCUUGUUUAUCCUAUAUUUUAAGCUGACUCAUUAGCAUGCUCACCUUGGUUGUUCAAAUUUCCAAUUCUUUGAUGUUUGUUUCGCAGAAAAGGCAUGCAUCUGUUUCUGAUUUUUGUUUGUGACGUUUAGUGUUGUUUAUCCAAGGGUUGCACUAUGGAUACCGUCUUAAUUUUAUUGUUUAACAGCCUUAUACCUCAUUUGAGGAAAGCAUAAUGGAAUAUGAAAGUCUUUCCUUCUCCUUUGUCCUCCAUGCUUCUGACUUAAAUUGCAGAAGCUAAAUUCUAGAAAUAUUGUCAACAAUUGAA